AUGUUGAAGGGCAGCCUGCCUCCCGUGGAGUCGGCCCCGGAUGUCACGGGGACCGCCCUCCCCUGCUCUGUGCUCCUGUCCUGGGUGGCAGGUCCUUCCACGCCACAUUCCGACGGGGCCCCGGGGAGGAAGUGUUCCGCUCGAAGGGCGCCCUCCGCUCACACAGCAGCACACGGGCGUGGGCAGCGCCCGCCGGGUCUCCCCCUGCCCCAGGCUGUGGGCCUGCCCCACGGGGCAUCUCCUCCCAGCCCCUGCUCCCUAGCUGGGACCCCACUCUCUGCCCGGGGCUGGCGCAGACCCGCGCCUCCACGCGCUCGCUGGGGCUCAGAGCACACCUACCACCCAGGCUGCCCGUGCCAAGUGCGCGCAGCGCCGGGUGCCCUGCCUGCACCGCUCCACGGGGGCCAGGAGGGGGCGCCCAGGAACGAAGGUGCAGUUCCCGCGCCGUUUCUCGUUGGUCUUCAGGUUCAGUUCUGCAGAAACAAAGCAGAGCAGGCAGAACCCUCCCGCCCACGAGCUUGUGCUGUACCAGGAGUGCCUGCAGGCCCUCCACCUGCGCCUCCAGAACUUCAUCUCUUAGAACGAGAGCGUGGCCGAGAUGUGCUUCCUCCUGCGGAUCACAUCAGGUACCCUGCCUCAUCAGUGCCAAGAGCACAGAAGUCUGAACAGCUGGGUGUGAGCAGGGCCAGGGAAGCAGGGAGUGGGCAAGCCCCUGCCCUGGCCACUCCACAGGGACAGUGCAGAGCCCUCUUGAGCAGCCCAGGCCUCCAGAUCCUGGGCCGGGGCUCCGUGCUGCCUUCCCCAGAAGGACCCAUCAGGCAAGGGUCUGCUGGGGGCUCAAGACCUUCUCUCCAUGGACCUCCCGUUCCCAGGCCCACCAGCUUCCUGCUGUAACAACAGGAAGAUAAGGAAGCCAGCACAGGCAGCCGACCUCGUCGGAACCCCUGGGCCACACACUUCCCUCCCUCUACCACACAGGCCUGCUGUGGUCACCCAGUCUCCCAGCCCCUCCCGGCCAGGCAUGUCACCAGUGGCCCCUCCCUGUCCUUGUGGAGCCCUUGUGAUCAUCUGUGGUCACUGGUCCUUCACACAGCAGGAGGUGAGGGCUUGAGGAGGGGGUCUCACAGACCCUCCCACACCUGGCCAGACUCCCACAAGCUGAGCCCUGAACCGGAAGUGUCAGCCACGGGCAAGGUCACCACGGGAACUCCUGCCAGGCAGUUCCCCGGCUUUCUGCUUGGUAUUGUUUUCAUUUUGAGUGAUACAGUUGGGGAAUCAGUCUCAGGGUGCUGGGGCCCACCUGCACACCCCUCGUGGGGGCCAGCUGCUUGCUGUGUCUCAGGGCCCGGCGGGACCUGCCCAGCUGCCCGAGGCCCUGGGGUUUCCCAGGGUGGGGAGCACAGCCUUGCGAGAGAGGAUCUGGCUAACUUGCAGCCUCUCACUCCUCAGCUGGGCUCCGUGCGGAGGCUCAGGCUGCCCCCUGCUGGAAACAUGGAGAAAGGCAGGACUCAGCGGCUCCGCUCCUGGGGAACAUUGCAAAGCGCAUCCUCAGCAAACUGGGCCCCAUGCCAUGGACCUUGGUGGGAGGUGGAAGAGGACCAGGUGGGAAGAGCAGGAAGCCAGUCAUGUACCUAGCACCCCAAGGCAUGGGGCAUGCCCGCACACCCAUCGUCUUGACUGCUGGGACCACUGAGGCCUGGGGGCAGGAGGUUCCACAACGACGAAGGGUGUCCUGGGACCUGGGAACAUGGCCCCCAUCCAGCGUGUCCUGGAGCUGCCCCAAGACCAGAGGGUGGCGGGUGGAUACAGAGGAGGGCAGGGGUCCUGGAGGAGACCGUUGGCCUACCAGGCCAGCUAGCUGCAGGGGGCAUCCCAAGGCUCCUCACCAUAUCUGCUGUGACUGCAUUUUUCUGCUUCAGGUUUUGAUUAAAAAGCAACAUUUGUCACCUUUGCAAUGACUCAGGGAACAGGGGAGUCAAAUGCUUCCCCACUGUGGGUCUAAAAGUCCAUGAGGGCAGGGAGCAAGGGGUCCCUGGCAUCUGAGUUUCCCCAUCCUGAUCCUUCACAGCACCCUCUGUGGAUGCCUGGGGGCCGCGUGACCACUGGCCUAGGAACCAAGCCCACACAGGGGGGCCCUCACACCCAGGCAGGGCCCAGGGCAGGGGUGGAGCCACAGCUCCCACCACGCUUCCCCAG